GUAUAUAACCACGCGCCCUGGGCACAGCUGGACUGUCAACUAGCUCUCCUGGUCACCUGCUCCGCGCCAUGGCCUGCUCUUCCUCCGUUGCCUGCCUGCUGGUGCUGUCAGCCGUGGUGGCUGUCGUGCUGACGAGCCCGGUGCCCCAGAGAGGCGCGGCGGUCCCUGAGGUGCCCGCCGCUCUGCAGGAGGGACUGCAGCAGGCGAGGGCCCACAAGGGCCAGCAAGGGUAUUACGGCAACCAGCACCACGGAAGCAACCAGCACCACGGAAGCAACCAGCAUCACGGCAGCAACCAGCAUCAUGGCAGCAACCCGCACCAUGGCGGCAACCAGCACCACGGACACCACAGUGGUUAGGCGGUGGUCCUCCGACAAGACAUGCCGCGGUCAGAAACGCCUGGAGGGUGCUUUUCGAGAAGCCGAGGAAGAUAGGAACGAAAAGAACCCAUCUUGGUUUUCACAGAUUUUAUUCCAUUAACCUAACUUUUAAUAAUUAUAUAAAAGAACCUUUGUUCAGGCAUAUACUACACAUUAGAGAAUUUCAAAGGUGGUCUAAGUACUUUACGAUUACAGUUGUAAUUCAUUUACAAAAAUGAGUUCAAUGCUAAACACCAAGUUAUUAAAAAAAGGAAACUUUAUUGUAAUAGCAAGUGACGAUAACGUCAAGAAAUCCAUUAAAUAAGAAAUUUUUUUUUUAGACAAAUAAAUGGUAGAAAUUUUCAUGUAAUAAAAACUGUUGAAACCAAGAUGGCGUCCUUCUGUUUUCACUGCAAACGCGCAGUACUCUCAACGAGUCCACGACCUGCACGUGGUGCGUUCGUGGCGAUUAAAUCCCGCAUGAACAGCGCUGUAAAUUUCUACUCAAUAAAUAUUGUUUGGUUGUAAUUUUGUUCCGGCUGAGUUGAUCAUUCAUCUGUCUUUAAGGAUGGACAUCCCAUAUUCCAGGUACGGGAAGCCUUUUUUCACAGAUGAGAGAGCCAAAACCCGAAGUUCCCCGAAGUUCAUGCUUUUUUCCGUAACUUUAUUGUAGCUAUCCUAACCAAAUCAACCGUCCACAAUGUUUUAAAGUAUUUAUAAUGUAGCUAAUCUAACCUAAUUGAAGUUAGUAUCCUGUUAUCAACACCGCCAUAUUUAUUUACAAUUAACAAAAAAAAACGAAGAUGCACGAUCGGGCGUUUGGCUAUCUCAUCUGUGAAAAAAAGGCUUCCCUUCCAAGUGCCUACAAUUAUUAGUGGCGAUAAAUAUUAACCAUUUUUUGUAGAAUAUGAAUUUGCUUACCUUUUUUCCGAAAUCACAAGUAAACUAAAGCAUGUUUUAAAGUUUACAUUUUAUGAUUAUAAAGGCUAUGUUGACAAAUCUUAUCAUUAAAGGUCACACGCAAAGACCAAAAUAAUAUUAGGUAUCUCAUUUUUGGAUUAGCCAACCUAUUCUCUCACUCGAAAUAUGUACAUGAUAAAAUUACUUUACGCCUGUGGAAUUUAUCUGGAAAGUUUUUAAUGAUUAUUUAAAGCAAUUAAACAUAAAGCCUAUUUAAAAAAUUUCUCAACACAUUGAACUGAUUCAAAUUAAAUUUUUACAGUUUUCUAUCCAGAGUGCAGUAGACUACUAACAUGUAUACAGUGGCUCUUUAAUUAAAUAAAAUGUUUUACGAGAUGA